GGCCACACCCCCCGGAAGUGAUGCAGGGAGUCUGCGCUGGAGUGGGAGCCCUGGUUGCUGUGAGGCAGGCGCCUGGUGUGGACGGGGUGAGUGAAUUGGACCCUCUCUCUCGCCGUCCGCUUCGGGGCUGGGCCGCCUUUCUCCUCACACGCCGCUUUCGGGGCCCCUCCGCCGCCUCCCUCCCUCGUUCUGCCCCUCGCCUCCCGCGGAAGCUUCCUUCCCCUCAGCUGGAAGGCGGAGGCAGGAGGGAGGAAGGAAGUUAGCUCUCUGAGGGGACUUGGGAGCAGUUCUGCGAGGCCCCUCUUGGCCCAGCUGAGGGGAACCCGGGCCCAGAACAGAGAAUGUUACACUAUUUCGACGGAUAGAUCUCUCGUAUCAGGGAAGGGUCCCUUUUCCUCUCAGAAGGUCGUGGACUGUGUGAAUACUCAGCUGAGCUGCAAAGGACUAGAUCUACACCAAGGGGCUCAUGGUCUCUGUGUUGACUGAGGGAGAAAAAGCACCUUUGGGACAUCCUAUCAAAGCACACUCGGAGAAUAAGUUGCUGUACAGCAACUCCUCAUGCUUGUGACCCACAGACUCCUUGAAUUUCCGAAGCCAUUGUUCCUGUUUCCACACCAGUUCCAUGGAGAGACCUAGAUGUUUGGAAGGAGAGUGGGUCUAAAUGGUGCAAUGCCUUCCUGCAUUUCGGAGGAUAUUGCAUUGGUUGACUGCUACUGAUGGCAUGUUGAGGUCCACUGAGCAGCGGUGGAGUCGGUGUGUGACCGCAAGAGGCCUGCUCUGACAGCUGGGCACGCAACAAUAUGGGCCAGUGCGUCACCAAGUGCAAGAAUCCCUCAUCGACCCUGGGCAGCAAAAAUGGCGAUCGAGAGUCAAGUGGCAAGACUCAUGGUAAGCGCAGCACAAUCCACAAGGAGGAGCACAGCACCGGCAGCGGGAAAUCGUCUGGGGACAUCCUGGUUAAUGGGACUAAGAAGAUGGAGGUGGCUGUAGAAUCCAGCCAGCUUCCUUCUUCCUCCGGGGAUUCCAAAAAAGAACCUGUUUCCGGCACGGAGGAGUCCUCUCUCCACAGGACCGAGGAAUUAUUUAGGAGAUACAAAGAUGAGCGAGAAGAUGCCAUAUUAGAGGAAGGCAUGGAGCGUUUUUGCAAUGACCUCUGUGUUGACCCCACCGAAUUCAAAGUGCUAGUCCUGGCAUGGAAAUUCCAAGCAGCUACCAUGUGCAAAUUCACAAGGACAGAGUUCUUUGAGGGCUGCAAAGCAAUAAAUGCAGACAGCAUUGAUGGGAUUUGUGCCCGGUUCCCCAGCCUCUUAAACGACGCCAAACAAGAGGAUAAGUUCAAGGAUCUCUACCGUUUCACUUUCCAGUUUGGCCUGGACUCUGAGGAGGGGCAGAGGUCGCUGCAUCGGGAAAUAGCCAUUGCUCUCUGGAGACUGGUCUUCACGCAGAACAAGCCCCCCAUCUUGGACCAGUGGUUACACUUCUUGAACGAGAACCCCUCAGGGAUCAAGGGAAUCUCCCGGGACACGUGGAACAUGUUCCUCAAUUUUACUCAGGUCAUUGGGCCGGACCUUAGCAAUUACAGCGAAGACGAGGCUUGGCCCAGUCUCUUUGACACCUUUGUGGAGUGGGAAAUGGAGCAGCGGAGGAAGGAAGGCGACACCAAAUGCGCGGCAGCUUCACAGACAGCGAAUCUCUUUGCGGACCACUGUCCUUAGCGCCCUUUGAACUCGGCAGCGACCUGCUGCGACCUGUUAACCUUUCAUGACCUGUAAGCUCUGGACUCCUCUGGAAUUUACAGACGCUCCAGAUUUUUCUACUUUCCACCUUUCUCUGCCUUGUAUUUCGAAAGGGCUCUAAAAUGCUGUAUCCAUAUUUUAGGCACUUUCUUUAAAAUUUUGGGUUAUUCCUGUUUCUUCUUUUCCUGAAAUGUUUGACCCUGGCUGCAAGUUCAAUGAUUUUUGGGUUUUUUUAAAAAAAAAUAAUUUGAGAUUUGGUAUCAUUACGUCUCGAUGUUGGUUACACAACUUUUUUUUAAAAAAGAAGGAAUUUUCCGUUGGUUAAAUUAACAUUGCUAAAUUAUCCAGUGCCAGAUUGAAAUUCUGCAAAGUUACAUUUUUUUUAAUGUUUUCAGGGCAGGUCUAUACUGUGUGUAGUGCUGUUUACAUUGUUGAAUUUUUUUUAAAGAUUGUGAUAAUUUUAAAGUUUAUACCAUGAAUGAAUAACAGUGUUAACUGUUAACUACAAAAUGCAUUUAAUUCCCAGGUAAAGAAGAAUUUGAAAGCCAAUGAAA